AUGGGCAUCAGUUUAAUUUCUCUUACUAAUUUUAUUCCUCCAAAACCCUGUCUCUCUCUAACUCCUAAAUCCAAACACCACCAUUUCACCUUCUUCCCCAAGGCCACACUGAGGAAGAACAAAAAAAGCCCCUCAAGUUUCCAUAAAGUACAAGAAGUUCACAGCAUUACAGAAUUUGAAACCGCUCUUAUCCAGGCCAAGGAUAGCCUCGUCCUGGUCGAGUUUAUCCCCACCGCCCGCAGCCAAACACCCCCUCUCACCGUCCAACUCAGCCAGAGCCAGCAAAACGACGGCGUUUGCUUCGUGUUGGUAAAGGCCGACGAAUCGGAAGAAACUAAAGCGCUGUGCAGAAGAGAGAGCGUGAAAAGAAUUCCACACUACAAUUUUUACAAGAACGAAAAGAAACUCCUUGAAAAAUCGAGGCUGAAGGCGGAGGAAUUUAUCCAGUACGAGCAGUAUUACGGGAACUCCCAUGGGUCCGUAAUCCAGCUCCGUUGUAUGGACGACGUGGAUAGGCUUAUGAUGGCUGAUCGGACGGCUGCGGGUUGUGGAAAGGUUUUAGUGUUGAAUUUGGGCCUGAGCACUUGCGGGCCGUGCGUGAAGAUUUAUCCGACAAUAGUUUGGCUGUCGGCCCAGAUGCGAGAUGACGUCGUUUUCGCGAGAUUGAUUGGAGACGACAAUGACGGUCGGAAUAUGGAGUUUUUAAGGAACAAUUAUGUUGUUCGAGUGCCUGCUUUCUUGUUUAUUAGAAAUGGGGAGCUUCUUGGAAGCUAUGUGGGUUCUCAGAAAGCUUUACUUGUGAAGGAGAUAUUUGGAUACAUCGAACGUUCUUGA